AUGAAAUUAAACAUCAAAGCAUAUGAAGCAAAAGCUGACUUUAAUUCUUCUUUAAUGCUUAUAUAUGUCAAGUAUAAUGAAAAAGCUUUCAUUCAAUUUCAAGGGGAUCUGUUAAAGCUUAUUAUGAAACUUAGCACAUUUAAUGUGUAUCAUAAAAAUUCCUUACUUUGGCACUCCGCUGACACUUGUGGUAUCCACACAAUUAAAAAUCCUCCAAUUACUAUUAAGUGUUAA